AGGCUAAAUCCCUAUCCUGUGGGUCCGUGUGAUCGAGGCAGAUAGAAGAACUCCAGCCUGGACAGCAGCAGGGACACCUCCAGGGUCUGCCCUUGAACCUGUACAAGGAAGACACAGCUCAGGAAAGCAGAGAGAUUCCUGGGAAGGAGACAGUGGUGACACAGACACAGCCCAGCCCCAUGGAGAGCCUUUCAGAGCCUCAAUGCAGGGCAGGGAGCCCCUGGAGGGGGCUCCUGAUCACAGCCUUCAUCCUCAGCUGCUGGAUCCAGUCAACAUCUGCUCAGGUCACUGUUGUUCCAAACCCUCCCUAUGGGGAAGUGAACCACAAUGUCACCUUGGACAUCCAGGGCUUCUCAGGCCGGGCUCUCUUCUAUACUUGGUACAGAAAAGCAGUAGCAGAAACCAACAAGAUCGCUCGCUACACGGUUGAAACUGGAGUGCAAGAGCCUGCAGAUAUCCGGGAGAAGGUGCUCUCCAAUGGCUCCCUGCUCAUCCCCCACCUCACCCUCAAUGACUCUGAUGACUACCAUGUACUCAUUGUUGAUUCUCAAGGCAACAUAAUAGUUGCACAAGGACAUUUAACAGUGUAUGAGCCACUCUCCAAACCUCUCAUCAACAGCACCAACAUGGCCCCAGUGGAGAACAAGGACAAUGUCUCCCUGACGUGCCAGUCUGAAGUUCAAGAUGUCACAUACCAGUGGUUCAUAACCCGAAGCUCCCCAGCUGGUGACAGGACAGUGCUGUCCCCGGAUAACAAGACACUCGCCAUAAUGAAAGUCACAAGGGAAGACCAAGGACCCUAUAAGUGUGAAAUCCGGAACCCAGUUAGUUUCAGUGAGAGUGAAUUCACACUGAAUAUUACCUAUGGCCCGGAUACCCCCAUUAUUUUCUCCAGAAUCCCUCAUUACCCUGUAGGGGCAACUAUUGAGUUGAAUUGCUCUGCUGAGUCUAACCCACCUGCCCAAUUCAUUUGGCUUUUCGAUGGAAUUCAGAUGACAUCCUCAUCCAAACUCUCUAUUGCUAAUGUGUCUCUGAAUCACACUGGAACCUAUACCUGUAAGGCAUCUAACUCUGUCACUGGCUUGUCUAGCAGCAAAGACAUCAAUAUCACAGUCUCUGAAAGAACAACUAAACCUAACCUCACAGCCCACAGAACCAACGUCAUGGAGAAUGACACUUUGGCCUUCACAUGUGGCACAGAACAGAAGGGAGUGGACAUUCUGUGGUUCUUCGAUGAUAAGCCCCUGAUUCUCAAUGAGAGGAUGGAGCUGUCCAUGAAUAAUCAGAUCCUCACCAUCCUGUCUCUGAAGAGGGAGGAUGAUGGGUCCUAUGAAUGUGAAAUCCGGAAUCCAAUCAGUUCCAGCAGAAGUGACCCCAUUACUCUGACUGUGAACUAUGGACCAGACUACAUCAAGGUUGUACCAAACCCCAAGAAAGGAGAGAUUGAGGUCAAAUUCAAAGGCUCACUGACAUUAGAGUGCCGUGUUGAGUCUUACCCACCUGCCCAGUAUAUAUGGCAAGUCAAUGGCACCAUGAACUCUGACUUCUCUAAUACCUACGUCAUCAAAUAUGCAACUUGGGAAGAUUCAGGAAAGUAUACAUGUUUGGCAAAGAACAAUGUGACCAACUUGUCAGUCUCUAAGAGCAUCAGAAUUAAAGUCAUUGCAGAACAAUAUAUGGGAGGAAGUAAUGGUUCUUCGCUGUCUGGAGGGGCCAUCACGGGCAUUAUGAUUGGAGUCCUGACUGGAAUAAUUCUUAUUGGGAUCCUCAUCUAUUUCCAGUGCUUCAGAAAGACUACAAGGACCAACAAAUACCAGAUUUCAGAGAAGAAUCAUUCAGUACACAAACAUGGUGAGGAAAUCACCAUGAAUGAAAACACUGUUCACCUACCAGGCUCAGCUCUGCCUGCACAGGGCCCAGGCACUUCCCCUACUUUUCCUAAAGACCUACCUGAGAGUUCUAAUCAGGUGUGUGCUCAAGGAGAAGCCAGUCCUCCCUCAGAGACCAAGGGAGAGGUCAAAAUAGUGGCUAAGGAUGAAGUUCUUGAUGAUGGGACAGAGAACAGGAAUGAGGUCAAGGUGGAGACAUUGGACAUCACCAGAGUGGAUGUUUGUGACAAGAUUGACCCCUGAAAGAAACCUGAAGCCUAAGGAAGUGGGAAAAGUCCCCAGGGAUGUUGGGACAAUCUUCUGUCACCAUUCAUGAAGAAGGGUUCACAGACAUCUCUCAGGGAAGAAAACAAAGACAUUGAGGUCAAUCAGAAAAAUCAAGUGGAAAGGGAGAAAAAGGCUGGAUUUGAGAAAGGAGAAGGAUUCUAGGGAUCCAGGGGCCCUCAGAUGUCCCAGAAAAUAUUAAGAGGAAUGAAAGGAGCCAGAGCUAUGUGCCUGAGCAAUCAAAAAGCAAUGAAGCCUGUGGGAUGAGUUUGGGGAUAUGCUCUCUUGCUCACCAAGGGCUUCAAUAUUUUGAACAUCAUCAUAUUUUCCUGUCUUCUUUAUCCCUUUUAUUCACAUAAAUAUCCUUUUGGAACCUUUUGUGUUUUGAAAAUAAAAUGCUUUAAUUAAAAAAAGAAAGAA